AUGAGUUUCUUACCUAAUGGGUCAAACCCAGCAACAAGUUCAUUUACAUGUAAUACAUGUGGUGUUAGAUUUAUUAGUGCCGAUUUACAAAGACAACAUAUGAAAACAGAAUGGCAUCGGUAUAAUUUAAAGAGAAAAGUUGCCCAGUUGCCUUCAAUCUCCUCCGAGACAUUUGCAGAAAAGAUUUUAAGCUCAAAACUUCGAAAACACGACGAACAGGAUAAUGAAGAUGAAUAUGGAUUUUACGUUGCAACUCGGAAGAAGAAGAACAAUUCUAGGAAGCAGAGCCAAAGAGGUUUAGCAUCAAUCUACAAUCAAAGAGGCAGAGCAAUAACUCCUAGUGAUACCUUCAGAUUGGCUGAGAGAAGCACAAGUCCUGCUGUAUCUGUUGCUUCGGAACUUUCACAGUUUUCACUUGGAGACGACCAUGAGAGCUUUGUUGAAAUUGAGCCUAUUUAUACAGGAUCUGAACUAAAUUUUACAGAAUCUGCUGAAGCUACUACGGAUUCUGAUCAUGAACUGGAGGAUUUAAUAUCAGAUGAAGAUAGUGAGCUGGAGUUUCUGGAAGCUGAUCUUGUGCAGGAGACGUCGGACAUCAGCUGUUUUUAUUGCGGGCUAAAUAACCACGACGUUGAGUCAAACAUAAAGCACAUGUAUAAAAGCCAUGGAUUGUACAUACCAGAACGGUCGUUUUUGGUUGACGUGAAUGGCUUACUUGAGUACUUGGGAAAUGCAGUCUCGAGGUUUGAGUGUUUGGUCUGUGGUUUCCAAGGUAAGAGUUUGGUUAGUAUUAGACAGCACCUAUACUCCAAGGGCCAUUGCAAGUUGCCUUAUGAAACCAAGGAUGAGAGGGAACAAGUAGCACAGUACUAUGACUUCAUGGAGGAGGAGGCGAAGGAGGAGAAGGAAGAGGGAGAAACAAGGGAUGAUAACCAAAUCGGUAACCCAAUCGAAAAGCAUGUCGGUUUUGAUGUGACAGAAUGUUCCCCAGGUGCUACAAGUAAUGAAAAUGAUGUACUGGAACAGGAAAAAACCCCAGGUAUAAAUGAUAAUUACACCUUAGUAAGUAUCGAUUCUUCGGGUGUAGAAUUAACUACACCAAUUGGUUCAAGACUAGGACACAGAUCGAUGCAUAGAUACUAUCGCCAAAACAUUCCGCUUGCACUCACUGUAAGAGAUGAAGGCAGACGAACUCAAGCUGUAGUAGAUAGAAGGUUUGCGCCUGGCAUAACUUGGAGCCAAGUCACCAAGCAAGAGAAGCAAUCGCAAAGGGCAGAACAAAUUGCAAAGAAUGAUGAAAUCAGGAAGCUUAAACCCAAAAAGGCAAAUUAUCAAAAGCAUUUCAGAGACGAGAUUUUGGGUACAUAG